AUGGCGGAGCAAUCACCUCGCGCACCGCUUGCGGCGCUGCCUGCUGGCUCGACCGGCGUGCCGAGCAGCGUGGCGUGCCGAGCACCGCCCGCCACGCGGAACAUCCGCAUCCUCUGCCCUGAGGUGGACACGACGGGUGGUGGUGGUGUCAUCGAGAUCGAGGAGGGCAUGACGCUCUCCGAUGUGCGCGCUCUGCUCCUCGAGGAGCUCGACGACGAGCAGCUUCCCGAAGGUGUGAAGGACGGCACGACGCCAUUCUACUUCGAAGACGCCAGCUCCGGCAUGCCGUGGAGCAGCGGGCAGGAGCGCAAGAAGCGCCCGUGGCAGGCAAUCGAGGGCGACUACACCGUCGUGCUCAAGGCGCGCAAAAAGAUGAAGUCCGCUGCGACAGAGUUCAGCGCUCCCGCCGCUUCCGCCGACGCCGCGCCCGCCGCGCCCGCCGCACCCGCCGCACCCGCCGCGCCCGCCGCGCCCGCCGCGCCCGCCGCGCCCGCCGCGCCCGCCGCGCCUGCAGUGGAGGCGUUCGAGGCUGCCGCGCCGCUGCUUUCAGACGACGAAGCUAUGGCCGCUGAGUCAGCGCAGACCGUCGACGCGUCGCCCGCCCAGCCUGUGGCCGAGGCCAUGGUUCUGCUCGAUGAGCCGCCGCCGCCCGCAGCAAGCGGGGACCAGUCCGAGCGGCGCGACGAGCGCGGUGUGCACGAGACGGCCAAGCGGCAGAAGGUCGGCUGCGAGCAGCCGGUGCAUGACGACGCCGAGAAAUUCCGGCCCGCCGCCGACAGGGGCGACGCGGCGGUGGCAGAGGCGGCGCCAGCAGCAGUGCCGGAGCCCGGCGCCGCUGAGGGCGACGAGGAAGUGACGGUGGCCGCUGCCGAGCCGGCGCUCAAGCUGCAGCUGCAGCAGGCUCCUGCGCCGAGCGUGGCGCAGCGCUCCCUCUUCUCGUUCGGCGCGGGCUCGCCCUUCGCGGCAACGCUUGAGACGCGACUCGCCGGCGCCUCCUGCUCCAUCGCGCCUACCCAGGCGACGACGGACGCGAUCGCCGCCGAGGCCAAGCAGGCCGAGGCCGCCGCAGCGCUGGCCAAGGCGGCGGCGGUAGAGACUGCUGCCGCCCUGGCGGAGGCGGCCAAGAAGGAGGCGCUGGAGGCCGAGGCCGCGGAAAAGGCCACUGCGGCUCACGACACGCUGCUGGCCGCGGUGUCGGCGGAGCCGCUUGAGGUGGAGGUGGGGGCGGCGGCCGACGCGCUGGCGGCGGCCGAGAGCGCGGGCGUGGCGCUGGAGGCGCAAGCCUCGGCCCGAGCGAAGCUGGACGCGGCGAAGGCGGCGCAGCAGCGGCGCGACGAGGCGCGCGACGCGAUGGGCGCCGCAGUGGCACAGCCGCUGCUGCUGCUGGAGGUGGAGGGGGCGACGGCGGCGGCGGAGCACGCGGCGGCUGCGGGCGUCGGGAUGGCGGAGGUGGCGUGGGCGCGCGAGAAGAUCGAGGAGGCGCGCGAGGCGCAGGGGCGGCGCGAUGCGGCUCAGGCGGCGCUGCAGGCGGCGGUGGCGCCGGCGGCGCUGCAGGUGGACGUGGCGGCGGCGGAGGCGCUGGUGGCGCCGGCCGAGGCGGCGGGCGUGCCAGAGGCGGCGGUGGCGGCGGCGCGUGCGGCGCUCGAGGUGGCGAGGCAGCAGCAGCAGCGACGCAAGGAGGCAGAGGCGAAGCUCCUUGAAGCGCUCAGCGGCCCCGCCGUGCUGGUCGAUGUGGAGGCGGCGAAGCAGGCGCUGCAGAUCGCGCGGACGUGCGAGGUGGCGCGCGCCGUGAUCGACAACGCGCGCCAGAAGUUGGUGACAAUCACCAGCGAGCAGACUCUCGCUCAGACGGCGGACGAUGACGCGAGCCCGCCCCCCUCGUCAAAGCGCCAGCGCGUCGACAUCUCCCUCGACAGCGACAGCGAUGACGAGGACAGCAGUCAGGGCAGCCGCGAUGACAAGCGCGCCGAUGGUGCGGAAGGCGAGGCGCAUGAGUCGCUUGGCAUUUGCAAGCGGGUGUUGGCGGAGCUGCGCGCCAAGAUCGAGGCUGAGCCGCUGCUCGCCAGCCUCGAGCGCCGCGAGAGUUGGGCAAGCCGGUGCACCGAGAUCGAGGGGCGCGGCAUCCCCGAGACGGUCAUCGGCGUCCUCGGCGGCACGGGCGUGGGCAAGUCGAGCUUGCUCAACGCGCUGAUCGGCGAGGCGUCGGCGCUGCCCACGUCUUGCUCGCGCGCGUGCACGGCGGCGUCCGUGGAGCUACGCUUCAACACGGCGCUCGGCGAAGUGGGCGGGACGGCGGCGGCUGGGCGCCUUGUCGCUGUGUACCAAGCGCGCGUCGAGUUCAUGGCGCUUGCCGACUGGCUGCGGCAGCUUAAGCUGCUCGUGCAGGACGUGUGCAGCCACAAGGGUACUCUCGCGGAGAGCUGCCCGCGCGCCGAUCGCAAUGAGGCGGGGCACACGGCGUGGGUGACGCUCGAGCUGGUCUACGGCAAGGGCCGCCUGGAGAAGUUCGCGGCUGACGCGGACGAGGACGCCGUAUACGAUGAGCUGGCGGCCGAACCGCGUGUGCGCCAGCUGCUCACGCCGAGCGACGGCGCCGCGAACCACGUCUUGCACCUGCAGAAGGGCGAGGUCGAGGCGGGCUCGGCGGAGGCGGCGGCGCUCGCCUCGGGCAGGGGCCUCGACCGCGCGCUGGAGGCGCAGAAGAAGGCGUGGGCGACCGAGUUCCGCGGCGCGAUCGACCCCUUUGUGUACAAGAAGGGCGAGGAGGGCGAGGCCGAGGACUGGCCGUUGAUCCAAAACGUGACACUCGCGGGGCCGUGGCACGUGCUGCGCUCGGGCGCCUGCCUGGUCGACCUGCCGGGCGUCCGCGAUGCCAACGUCGUGCGCAACAAGGUGGCGCAGAGGCGGCUGACUGCCUGCUCGGGCAUCUGGGUGGUGGCACCAAUCAUGCGCGCUGUCGACGACCGCACGGCCAAGGAGCUGCUCGGCGAGCACUUCAAACGGCGGCUGCUCAUGGACGGCCUGAUGGACAACGUCAGCUUUGUGUGCACGCAGACGGACGAACUCGAGGUGUCCGAUAUCUGGAAAGACCACCAUAAGGAGGCCGCCACCAAGCCCGGCCGCGCCGAGCGAAUGCGCGAGUUGCACGAGCGGAUGGGGCGCGCGGCAGCGGCGCAGGUGAAACUCGAGCACGAGGAGAUCGACAAGGCGGAGAGCGUGCGGGCUCUCGAGCGUGCCGCCAAGGCGGCGAAGAAGGAGGCCAGGGAGGCCAUGAAGCAGGCCCAGGAGGCGGUCAAGGCGUGGGAGCAGAAGGUGGCCGCGGGCGGUCCGGCCGUCACACUGCGGGCAGUGGCCGAUGCUGAUGGCCGGGUCAGCGUCCGCGUGGGCGCCGACGAGUGUGCGGCGCUGCGCGCGGAGGAGGAGCGCACCAAGAACGAGUACUACGACGCCAACGAUCUGCACCAAAAGAAAAGGAAGGAGCACGCCACGUGGAAGCGGCACGUGCACGACAAGGAGAAGGUGCAGCACGAGGCGGAGUGCACCUCGCUCAAGGCGCAGCUCCGCCCGCUGUGCGCGGUGCUGCGCAACGAGUUCGCAUCGCGCCGGUUGCAGAGCGACUUCCGCGCGGGGCUCGAGGAGCUGCUGCGCGCGCCCGACGAGGAGGAGCAGGGUGCGUCGUCGUCGGCGACGCCGGCGGCGGUGGCGGCUCCAGCCAUCCGGCCCGAGGACUACCAGAUGCGGGUGCACUGCGUGUCAGCCACCGACUUCCUCAAGGUGGCGCGCAUCAAAACGCAGAGCGACGGCAAGAGCGCCACCUUCGAGUCAGAGGAGGAGACCGGCAUCCCGGAGCUGCGCGUGGCGGUGCACGAGACGACGGCGCAGCGGCGCGAGCGCGCGGCGCGCGACGCGCUGCGCGAGACGGCCUACCUCGUCGACGAGAUCGAGGUGCACCUGGGCUCCGCGGGCGGGCUAAGCGCGACGGCGAGCGCCCAGUGCCAGGCCGCCUUCGACGCACAGCUGGCUGAGCUGCGUUCGCGCUGCGAGGCCAGCUGCAGCGACCUCGCUUGGGCGCUCCGCCGCGAGGUGGACGUCGGGCUGGUGCCCAAGUUCAACCAGGGCGUCGAGCGCGGGCAGCGGCAGGCGCUGGCAACGGUCGAGUCGUGGGGCUCGGGCGACAAGCGCAGCAAGGGCGACCGCGCAGGUGGCGGGCUCGCGUGGGCCACCUACCUGGCGACGACGCAGCGCGACGGCUCAUACUCGUCGCCGAAGGUGGGCGACAUCGACUGGAACGCCGAGCUGGCCGAGCCGGUGGAGCAGUCGAUCAUGGUGGGCUGGGAGCAGACGAUGAACGCCAAAACUAAUGAGCUGCUGCGCGCGUGCCGCGACAAGCUGCAGGCCGACGCCAAGGAGGCGACGGUGCGCCUGCGCGCGGCGCUCGCGCAGCAAGAGCUGCCGGCCGAGGCGGUGGCCAAGGCGGCGCAGACGGCGGCGAAGUCGCUGGAGCUGGCGGUGGGGCGGCAGAUGGAAGGCCUGCAGGACUACACGACGACGCGCCAGCGCGACAUCAACCGCGGGCUGCAGCCGCAAAUCCUCGAGCGCAUGAAGGCGGCCUACGCGGCCGCGCGCGACGCGCCUGGGGGCAAGGGCCGCUUCGAGCGGAUGCAGGAGAAGAUGAAGGGAGGGGCGGAGGUGGGGAUGAAGGACAUGUUCAAGGAGCUCACCGACAAGAUGCUGGCCGACAUCUUUGAGUUCAUCGAGGCGCUCAAGGAGCGCGUCGCUGCCGUGUGCGAGGCCGCGUACAAGCUGCUCAACGACAUCUUCUCGGCGUGCUGGACGUGCGAGGACGCCGCGGCCGAGAGCGCUGACACGCGCGAGGACGUGCGCCGCGCGCGCGACGAGGCGAUCGGCGGGCUGGCGCCGCUGCGGCAGGCGCUCCACAAGCGCAUGGUCGAGUCGGGCAUCGAGCCGAUGGAGCUGGACUAG